CCCAGCAUGCGCCGAUUUUUUUUCUCCCUUUCCCUUUCUCCCGUCCCAUAAACCUCGCUAUUUAGACGGCCACCUUCUUUUUCUACAAACGGAACAGUUUGACCUGCGUACUCUCACGCAUUAAUAAAGUAAUAAUUAUUCCUUCACUUCCCUACUUUCCCACGACAACAUGGGUUUCUCUGCCGGUGACUCCAAGAAGGGUGCCAACCUCUUCAAGACCCGAUGUGCGCAAUGCCAUACCCUGAAGGAGGGUGAGGGCAACAAGGUCGGCCCUGCUCUACACGGUCUCUUCGGCCGAAAGAGUGGUCAGGUUGAGGGUUUCUCCUACACAGACGCCAACAAGCAGAAGGGUGUCACCUGGGACGAGAGCAGUCUGUUCGACUACCUCGAGAACCCCAAGAAGUACAUCCCCGGUACCAAGAUGGCGUUCGGUGGUCUAAAGAAGGAGAAGGACCGAAACGACCUCAUUACUUUCCUCAAGGAAUCUACGGCAUAAACGAAGUUACGAGAAAGACGUGUACCAAUACCAUCAUAGCAUAGACAGGAUCGGCCAGUUGUGUACUUAUAGACUACUAGACCGUUGCGUUGCGGCACCCGCGUCGGUGCUAGAUCACAUAUAUCCAUCUCCUCUUUUCCAGCAUUAUACACAACCCGGUCGGAGUGCUAGGAGUUCAGGCUUCUGCAGGAAGGCUUGGAUCGGAUAAUAUAAUCUGUCGCCAGUAAUUGAACAUAGACGAAAAUGUCCCCCUCUUA